CGUAGUAUCGAGCGCAAGCACGGCACCGUUUAACUCUUUUGUAUCAAACUCACACAGCGGCGACUGAUGCCAGACACAUGAUUUGACCUUCAGCCACCCAGAGGGGUUUAUCUCCAAUUCAGACGCACUCAACGCAACACAUCGGACACGUAUCGGAGCAUUUUAACGCGCAUUGUUGUUUUUGAUAAACAUUUUUAUUUGUUAGCAAGAGCCACGUCCUUCAUUUUCUGUCCUCGGCGGCUUGAAAAAACCUAACAUAUUGAGUGGUUUCACCCAGGAAUGGAUACUGGAGUUGUCACUGAAAAGAAAAGGGUGAGCUCGGAGCGCAGGAAGGAGAAGUCUAGGGAUGCGGCCCGAUGUCGCAGGGGAAAGGAGUCAGAGGUGUUCUACGAGCUAGCGCACGAACUCCCCCUGCCACACAAUGUCACCACCCACCUGGACAAAGCCUCCAUCAUGAGGCUUACCAUCAGCUAUCUGCGCAUGAGGAAGCUGUUCAGCUCUGAUGAUGAGACUAAUAAGGAGAACGAGAAGGAGAGUCAGCUCAACCCGUUUUACUUAAAGGCCCUGGAGGGUUUCCUCAUGGUCCUCUCUGACGAUGGAGAUAUGGUUUAUCUCUCUGAGAACGUCAGCAAGAGCAUGGGCCUCACACAGUUCGAUCUGACCGGUCACAGCAUCUUUGACUUUUCACACCCAUGUGACCAGGAGGAGUUGAGAGAGGUGCUGGUCCACCGAACUGGAUCCAAAAAAUCCAAGGAGCAAAACACGGAGCGAAGCUUCUUCCUCCGAAUGAAGUGUACGCUCACAAGCAGAGGACGCACUGUCAAUGUCAAGUCUGCUACAUGGAAGGUUCUCCACUGCACAGGACACAUCCGCGUGCAGGAGCACAGCGACACUUCCGGUGAAUGUGGCUUUAAAGAACCUCCUCUGACCUACCUUGUGCUCAUCUGUGAACCCAUUCCUCAUCCCUCAAACAUUGAGGUUCUGCUGGACAGCAAGACUUUCCUCAGCCGCCACACUCUGGACAUGAAGUUCUCAUAUUGUGAUGAGAGGAUCACAGAGCUGAUGGGAUAUGAGCCGGAUGAUCUGCUCAACAGGUCUGUGUAUGAGUACUAUCAUGCACUGGAUUCAGACCACCUCACCAAGACACAUCACAACUUGUUUGCAAAAGGCCAGGCUACCACAGGCCAGUACCGCAUGCUGGCUAAAAAAGGCGGUUAUGUGUGGGUGGAGACUCAGGCCACCGUCAUCUACAGCCCUAAGAAUAACCAACCACAGUGCAUUGUGUGUGUCAACUAUGUUCUCAGUGGCAUUGUGGAAGGGGAUGUUGUCCUGUCCCUGCAGCAGACCAAGACAGAGGAUGUGGAAAAAGAGAGCAAAGAAGUGGAACAUUUAGCGUCUGAGGUGAAUGUGCUCACACUUUUUAAGUCUGAGGAUGACAAGAGCUCAAUGAAGGGCUCUCAACCAUACGAUGAGCUGAAAGAGGAUCCUGAGGCCCUCACCCUAUUGGCACCUGCCGCAGGAGACACCAUCAUCGCUCUGGACUUCAGCAACUCCGACUCUGACAUGCAAUUGCUCAAGGAGGUGCCGCUCUACAAUGAUGUCAUGCUGCCCUCCAGCAGCGAGAAGCUGCCUCUGAGUCUAUCUCCUCUGACCCCAACUGAGCCCACACCAGCUCUAAGUAAACUGGAGACUGAAGCAGAGGACUUUACUUACCGCGUGACCACCAACUCCACCAACACACCCACCACAUCUGGGCUCUGCUCCUCUGGGCCCAAUAGCCCUAUAGAUUACUGCUUCCAAGUGGACUCCGACAUCAGUUCUGAAUUUAAACUGGAUCUGGUAGAGAAACUAUUUGCUAUCGAUACAGAGGCAAAGACCCCAUUUAGCAACCAGGACAUGGAAGAUCUUGACUUGGAGAUGCUUGCUCCAUACAUCCCAAUGGAUGAUGACUUCCAACUGCGUAUCCCCUCUCCUCUGGAUCCGACCCCCUCCGGCCUUCACUCAGUGUUGGCCAUGAACUCUUUGUUCCAACCUUUGCCCACACCUGGAUCUCCAGCGUCUGCCUCCAGCAGUCCAGCAAAGCAGGAGGCAUCGUCACGGGCCCCUUCACCCCUGCAUCUACUGCAGGAGGUGUGCAGUGCCCCCGUCUCACCCUUCAGCGGUAGUCGUGACGCUUCCCCGGCACGUUCUUCCACCCCACAGCUGAACAACAGAAUGCCUGUGGGUGACAAAGAGCUGUCUCCAAAGAUGUUGGCUAUUCAGAACACCCAACGAAAGAGGAAGCUGGAAGAGGUGACGUCGCUUUCCGAAGCUGUUGGACUGGGUGCUUUGCUUCAGAGUGUGGACAGUGCCAUUGAGCCUGGUAAGAGGGCAAAGGUUGUUGAGGUUAAAGGAUCAGGUGUGCUUGGAGGAAAUAAAACCAUUCUCAUACUGCCCUCUGAAAUGGCCAGUCGUCUUUUGUCCAGCUCUUAUGAGAGCAGCCGCGGGUUGCCUCAGCUAACACGCUAUGACUGUGAGGUCAACGCUCCUGUCCAGGACCGUCAUCAUCUGCUGCAGGGAGAGGAUCUCCUGCGUGCUCUGGACCAAGUUAAUUGAGCUCGUCUGUAUUUAGAAAUUCCAGACACUGCAUCCCCUUCUCUGCCCUUUGACCUUGAUCCCUUAAAUCUUCCCGUCUUCAUUAUCUCUUUAUUCCACACACCGCCCCGUUUGAUAAUAUUCUCUAUAAACCCAAGUGUUUUAAAAAAAUAUGUACUACCUGCACCUUCUAUUGAUUUAACUGGGCUUCUUUCCCAUCAGUGAUGUGAAGAGUCCAAAGAACAUGACCGUGUUUAGACGGCGGUCUCUCCCUUGCCAGUAAAGACAGUGGAGUGUAAUAUACUGAAGGAGGCUUAUUGUGAAAUGUGUACCGGAUGGCAUAACAUAAAAUAUGUAAAUUUGCAUACCUGUAUGAUCCCUCACACGCCCUCCGGAUUCCCGAAUUCCUCCUUAAAAAAAACAAACUGUUGUGUGCUAUUGAUCCCCCCCCUUAAGCUGUGUGUAUUGUAGCUUCAGUCGCACAAUAUUCUAUUUUCUUAAGACGAAUACCAGCAGUCCAUGCAAUAUAUGAUACCAUUUUUACAAAUAUGUACUUUUAUUGAAAGUUUGAACAAUUUUUUUCCUUUUGUCAUUUCUCAUCUCCGUGUUUUGUAACGGUUACAUGAGCUCGGUGCUUAAAUGCAAUUGGGUUUUCGUGAGUUCGUGUUGCUUUUCAUUGCAGUAGGACAUGUUUGCUUGCUUGCAUCACUUUCAGUUUCCUCUUGAACAGCACAACUGGAUUAUAAGAGCCAUUAAAAGUAAUGAUCGAGAAUGUGUGCAAAAAGGGAAUUCAAAAUCAUUUGGUAUUUUGUGGUGUUCUCAUAAUGGUUUUUAUCUCAAAGAGCGUAAACCAGAUUUAUAGUUUAAUUAUGCAAUAGAUUUUUAUAUUUUUAGUGGUCAUGUCUAUCUGUUUGGUUAUCUACAUAGUAGAUGCUUGGUAAUUCAUGCUUGUGAGAAGUUUAGCUAGCAAGUCAAUUUUCUGGUUUAUGAACUGUUUUAGAUGAUGCAAAGCUGAUGUAUCAUUCAUCCAAGUUUUACAAGUAUUUAUAAUGGCAUUAGAACACGAAAGUUUAGUUUAAAUAAAACCAAAUUUUUUUCACUUUUAGACAAAAGUCAACUUUCACUCAUAUUGACGUUGUCCUGCAAAUUUAUGAGCUUUUUUUCCUUGUUUAUUAAUAGAAAGACAUUUUAUUUUAUUGAUAUGUUAAUCUUCUAUUCAUUCAUCUCUGCAGUCUCCAGUAUUCACCUUUAUUCUCUUAACACUAAAUGUAUUGUUUAUUGCAUAAUCAGUAAAAAAACAAUUGUGGACCAGA